AUGGUGCAGAUUCUUCCACUUUCUUCUUUUCAUGCACAAGAUUCACACAGCGACGCGAAACACCAACAACCAAUCCAUAAAAUUAAAAAUCAAAAUAUUCAAUGGUUUCUGUCACUGACUCAAUUCCGAGAUGGAAAAGAACUCAUGAAAACAACCGACUAUGAAUAUGAAGUGUUUCCGCGUAAUGAUGAUCAUCAGCAAUCAUUAUCGAAAUUUCAUAAAAUUCCCAUUAAGCAAAUUCCAUGUAAUGUUCAUUCCAUUCUCUAUGAACACCAAUUAGUGAAUAAUCCCUAUGUUCGAUUUGAAGAAUUAAAACAAUUAUGGGUCGGAUAUUCGGAUUGGAAAAUGGAAUGUAUUAUAGAUGAUUUGGAACAAUGGUUCGAGAUUGGAUCAUCGGAUCGUGUCAUCCAUAACGUUCAAGAGAAUAAUAUAUCAUACGCGUCUUGGUUAUUGGUCUUGGAAGGACUAGAUUGUGUUGCCGACAUUAAAGUGAAUGGAACAUUGGUACGAUCCUGUGAUAACAUGUUUCAAUAUCAUAUUUUGGAUAUUUCUGAAUGGUUGCAACAAGAUCACCCUGGAAAACUCUCUCUGCACAUUGAGAUUGAUUUUAAAUCAGCCAUAGUGGAAUCGAGAAAGCGACUUGAAAAACAUCUCAAAGAACAAGCAUAUGAGAUCCCAUGUCCUUCCUAUACCAGAGACUUUGAUACGAGAGGAAGAAAUUUUCUAAGAAAAGAAGGAUGUGCAUUGGGAUGGGAUUGGGGACCUGCGUUUGCAUCUAUUGGAAUCCAUAAGCCUUGUUAUUUGGUGAGAUUUAAUCGUAGUCACAGUGCUUUGAACAAUCAGUGGUCACCUCUGACACAAACCAUCAAUGCUAACACGAUAAUUUUCUUGAAAGAUAUUGCUCUGUAUCAACAUGAUUUUUCUGACAUGGGAACGACAGGAAAUCACGAAACCUGUGAACAUGUUUCACUCACUGCCAAAUUAUAUUUCUAUUGCAAAAAUUUUGAUGGCUGUGAAAGAAUCAAGCAAGCUAUUGGACAAGUGGAAGUGUCCAUAAUUGAUGACUCUUCACAUCAAAAAGUUCAUGUCCAUUCUCUAUGGUGUGACCAUUUAGAAAAAGACACGGAAUUGGAAGACAUGUAUAUCGCCACAUUGAGUAUUGGAUCCAUUCGAAAUUUGAAAUUAUGGUAUCCCAAUGACUAUGGCAAUCAACCACUAUAUCAUUUCAAAGUGGCCAUCCAUAAUGAACCCUUUAACCAAGAAAAGCAGAUUUUAUUUGGAGUAAGAAAAAUUGAACUCGAUACCUCAAAAGACGAAUAUGGUCACAAAUUCCAAUUCAAAGUGAAUCAUCGUGCGAUUUACUGCAAAGGCAGUAAUUGGAUUCCUUCCGAUUGUUUUCCAAGUCGAUGCUUUCACGGUAAAGACCAUAUUCACAAUUUAAUCAAGAGUGCUCAUGAUUGUCAUAUGAACAUGCUACGCGUAUGGGGAGGUGGAUGUUACGAAUACGACUUUUUCUAUGAAUUUUGUGAUCGAUAUGGUAUUUUGCUGUGGCAUGAUUUCAUGUUUGCUUGUUCAUUAUAUCCAUCAGAUGAAUUGUUUUUGAAAUCUUGCCGCAUAGAAGUGGUUCAGCAACUUCGACACUUACAACAUCAUCCAUGUAUCGCUCUCUUUGCUGGAAAUAAUGAAAAUGAGGAAGCGCUUUUGAGUUGGCCUGAAUGUGUCAAUUCUGAAAGCAAACAACGACUUGUUGUCGAUUACCACAAGCUUUACUAUGAUACCAUUUAUCAUGUUGUUUCACACGAGUUUUCUUCUUCCAAAUUUAAUACUCCACCUUUUUGGCCAAGCUCUCCAUCGAAUGGAAUUAUGAAGUAUGGAAAUCCUCAAGAUUUAACUCAAGGAGAUGCACAUUAUUGGGCUGUUUGGCAUGGUGGUAAGCCAUUUUCAAAUUAUUUAACAGUCAUACCUAGAUUUAGCUCAGAAUUUGGUUUUCAAUCGUUACCAAGUCUUGAAACAUUGGCUCAAUUUAUUAUUGAACAAGAGGGUGAUGAACAAGAUUUGAAUAUUACUUCACCAGUGAUGGAGUCAAGACAACGAAGCUAUGUUGGAAACAAGUGCAUUCUUGAACACAUUUCUAGAGAAUUCCGAUUUCCAAAAACAUUCCAAGAUUUUGUCUAUUUAUCUCAAGUCAAUCAAGCACUUGCUAUCAAAACUGCAUGUGAACAUUGGAGAAGACAAUUAAAAAUCUGCUCUGGAGCACUCUAUUGGCAGCUUAAUGAUAUUUGGCCUGGUAAUUCAUGGUCCUCUCUAGAAUGGAAUGGAACGUGGAAAUUGUUGCAGUAUUUCAGUAAGGACUUUUUUGCUCCCUAUUUAUUCUCCAUUGCAUGUUCGGCGAUCACAAUUACCAUGGACCAUCAUGACAAUGAGCACGCUGCUACUGAACAAUUAGAUUUUUGGUUCACUUCAGAUUCUACAUUUCAACACAAUUCGAUUGAAUUGAAACUUUUGAAAAUUCAAAUGCUUUCGUAUGAGAAUGGACAAGAGUUGUGGAGUAGAGAAAUUUCUGAAUUUCCAUCGUGUUGCGAAAAGGCAUUCAAUUCCACAAACAAUGACAUGGCAAGUGAGAUUCUUUAUUCAUUGCCACUGAGUCGUGAAAUUUUGCAACAAAAGACUUUGGGAUUUUUAAAAUGCUCUCUCGAUAUUGAAAUAAUUAGACCAACCAACAAUAAUUCACAUCAACACGAAAGAAUUCAACACACUCUCCAAGCAGUUCAUUUCCUAUGUGAAUUGAAGAAGGUAUACAAAAUGACAAAACCAUCUCUGAAACUUCAAAUAGAACAAGAAACCCAAAGCCAUGUGAAAUUAGCCAUCACGUGUUUUAAAGCUCCAUCGUUUUUCACUCGCUUAUUUAUCAAGACAGGAGAGCAGUAUCGAGACACUUUGGAUAAAUCCUCACUUCGAUUUGAAAUGGAUCACUUUGAAGAGAAUGGCUUUUUAUUGCUUCCCAAUGAAACUAAAUACAUGUGGAUGAAAAAGAGAGCAAGUUUGUGUGGAAAAACAAAUGUAUUUGCGUUGGAAUGGAUUGGAGUUGAAAAUUUAAGUGAGAAGUAA